CUGAAAGUAAAGUCCGCCUUCAGAUCACAAGGAACACACAGUAUGGCUCUCUGCGUUCGCCUAGGCCAACUGAUGCAUAGAACAGAUGAAGAGGCAUAUUGUUUCAACCCUGAGCUCAGCAUGGCCACCAGCUCAUUUGUAGUAUCCUCAGAGCCCCGCAGCUGUAUGUAGUGAAAGUCUGGUGGAUCUUCCAGCAAAACUAAAUUAUGGCAACAAAGGAAACUCAAAGAGCAGAGGAGGACAGUACUGACAGUGAUGACAGCAACAGUGGAGGACGUCCAAGCUUCUCGGCUGAGGAGAGACCAAUUUUAGAUAAAGUCCUAAGGAACAGCAAUGACUUCAUAAGAUCUUAUGAAGAACAUCAGCCUGAACUCCAACGAAUCAUCAACCAGCAGUUUAAGCACACAGAGGAGAUUUUAGAUCAUUACAACAAAAUAACAGAAGCACAGAGAAGACUAAGAGGAGCUGCAGUAAGUGUAGGAUUUGGAUUAAGUCUUGGAAUCGGAGCUUUUGCUACAGGUGUCUCACUGUUUCCUGACGAUGAUGAUUUUUCAUUGCCUGCGGCAGGACUGGGAGCUUUGGCAGCUGUUUUUGCUGGAAUAGCAAGCUACAAAAUCAAACAAAGAACAAAAGAAACGAAGAACCUGUUAGAGAAUUCCAAAAACAUUUCAAAACAUUUGAAUACAGUAGCUGAAGAAAUCAGCAGCUACCAGAAGAAACUUUGUAACCUUGCUGAGAGGAACCUACAGUUAAUAAACAAGUUUCCUUUGCAAAAACACGAGAAAGAAGAUAUCAGAAAGCAAGUAGAUGCUUUAUUAGAGCUUGUAAAGGUUUUUAGGCCAGAGGACGUACUGAGAUUGUUAGAAGAAAAAAGUACUUUGGAUUGGAGAAAAAACACUGAGCAGUUUGUUUCUCCUGUACCUUUCAUAAGUGAAGGUAGCAAAACAAAACCAGCCUCUAAGACAAAACGAGGCUCCAAGACAAAACAAGGCUCUGUGCAACUGCAAGCAGAGCAGCUUGAUUGGGAGAUGAGAGAAGUGAAAAAUCAUUUGCAGAGAAUCUUAAAAGAAACUAGGACUUCAAAUUUGGAGAUAGAAAGGGUGAUGCAAAAGCUUAAUGAGCACAUUAAACAGUAGAGAAAAACACUCAGAGAGGAGCAAUUGUUUAGCGCCUCAGUGGACCUUAAUCUGUUUUCUUUUUAAAUGGGUUAAUCUUGCUCAUGUGGGAAUAUACAUGUACAAAGUAUGUGCUAAUUUGCCAAUAUCCACAAAAUGAUUGAUGUAUUUUGCCAAUAUUCUCCACUCUAAAUGUAAUCUGGGCAGUGUAUUGUGUAUUGCAAGGCUGAUAUUAUCCCGAAUACUCAACUUUAUAAAUAAUAAAAUCAAAACGGCCCUGCCAGCAUUCCCUGCAGUGAAGUGAAUAAUAAGUUUAUCUUCUUUAUCACAUUGCCUGAAUCAACUUAAUCCUAUUAGAAGUAUGGAAGUGAAUGACGAUGGAAAACUUUGAUAUUCAAAUUUGAUAAAAACUAAGCCAUUGAAGGUCCUUUCCUAUUACAUAUGUAUACCAUUUAAAUACUGGCUAAUUUGCUUAUUGUGCAUUUUGGUAGGCCUUUUCAAUGUCAGUGUGCAAUAUCAGUACAGUAGUGUUUAAUAUCAGGUGGCCGUAUUGACCAAUGACAGGUCGUGUAACCCUAAUAAACAGAAGGGUCCAGUUUGGGCUGUUACUGCAAAGACUGCAGUAAAGGCAAACUUUGAGGGUAAACUUUGAGACUUGAUAGCAAUGCAUUUCUCUCUGCUUCACUCAUGCUGAUGUGAUCAGUUCUGUUUCAGUGGCCUAGCAGGCUGAGAGUGGUAGACUGAAGGCUGUCAAUCAUGUGCGCUCAUCAGAAUAUUAGGACCACGCCCAGCCAUUCCUCAAAUCUGUUAAGCAUUUUUUUAAAACUAUUUUUUAUCGUGUUUCUAAAUCUUGUCUUCUUUUCUUCCAAACUGCUGGAUGUUUAAUGUAAUACUCAGGAUCAGGAAACAUUUUAAUAUUUUACACUGUAGUAGACUUUAGUAGUAGAUAUUCCGUUUGUAAAUUUUACAAAACAAAAGGUACAUGAGAGUAAACAGACCACUUUUAGUUCAAAGAAUGUCAAAUUGAAAUAUAUUUUCAUAUGAAUUUGAAAUGGUUUGUGAACAUGUGUAGAUUUUUUGUGUAGACAGUUCUAAGGUAAUGGCACCUGGCCUGUCAAGCCUGAGCGCAGAUGUUUUUGGGGGCGGGGUCUUGAGGGGAGGAAAGGGCAACAUUACCAUGAAUGUAAUUUACAUACAUGUAAUUUACAAUAUUGUAACCACUCUUAUCACGAGAGACAGUCUAAUCGUGUUUCAGAGGAAGUCAAAUUUUGUGUUAAGAGUUUUUCUAUAAGGACUCUUUUAGGCAGGUCUAUUAUGGCGUGUCUUUCAGAGGAGGGAACCGAAGUGUGGUCUCCAACAUACACAGCACUGGAGUGAACUGGUGUGAUACACUACACUGAUCUUAUUAGUUCUAUGUUUAAGUCUGUUUAAGUCACAAGUCUGUGUUUUUUUUUGUACAGCAUUAUGUUUAAUUUGUUCAAAAUAGCAUCACAUUCUUGAAAGAGGUUUCCUUUUCUACUCAUUUUCAUGAUUUUUUGUAACCUAAAAUUUUGUGGUGUUUUUACAAUGAACUGGCAAAAAAAAGAUGUUAGUCUUUUCUAUUGGGAGAUUUAAAAAUGCUGUUUUCUUCUGUUCUGUUUGAGUUGGAUGGGACUAAAUUUGGUGUAUUUGUUGUCAGAUCUAAGUGCCAAUAUGUAAACAUUUACAGCAUUUGGCAGACACUCUUAUCCAGAGCGACUUACAAUUUGAUCAGUUUGCACAGGUAGGCCAAGGUGGUGUUAGGAGUCUUGCCCAAGAACUCUUAUUGGUAUAGUGGUGGUUACCCAGGUGGGUAUUGAACCCUAGUCUACAGCAUAGAAGGCAGAGGUGUUACCCACUACACCAACCAAUCACUUCAGCUACUCACAUCUCACAUAAAGUGACUGCUCUCCCGCUGCCAAAACUCACAGCAAAUGGGUUAUUUAAGCUUUUUUCAUUUGUAAAUGGUGCUUCUGAUGAAGGUUUAUUACACCAUUCUUUGUAGCAUAGCUAGAUGCUGCUUCCUACUUGGCCACUUACUGCUGACUCUUACUGUAAAAGAUCGACUUCAUUUAUGAAAGCGUGAUAGACAGUGGUUCACUUUAUCUGUAGGAAUGAAAUGAUACAUUAACUACCUUCUUAAUAUCAGGGCUCAUAGUAUUUCCCCACAAUUGCACUUUACAGGUGUAGCACACAAUAAGGCAUGUGGGAAAUUUCUCCACAGCGUCUGUAAAUAUGAUUGUGACAACACAUAACAGGAGCUUGUGUGAGCUCAAGAGCACGAUCCAGGAAUUAGCUAGUUAGCUGUAGGUGACACAUACGAGCUAAGUACAGCUGUGCAUAAAGAUCUCAGACACAACAUUUCUGUGUGAAUGUCUGCCUUUUAUAAGACAACAGCCUGAGCUACUAGACUAAAGGACUGGGGGAAACCUGUCUAGUGUGUUGAAUUGGCAAUGAGUAAAUUAGGAUGAAAUAUGGGUAAAUAUUAUUGCCAGCAGUAUUGUUAAUGCUACGGUGAGGCGUGUUAAUGCAUGAUGUUGUGAAUGUUGUUGGUAAUUGCUGUGGAAAGUUUUGUUAGAGAGAAUAAAAUGUCGAUUGAAGAACUAA